AUGUUUUCUCAAUAUACAAAGAAUUUGUGGAAUCGGCCUCGAGGGUCUGUUUCUUCAGAUUCUUCACAAGAACCUGGUGCGUCCCUCUUUUAUUCAGUUCCAAAUCUAUUAACGGAUGCUGAAAUCCGGGAAUCCAUCUCUUUACAACCUUCGCAAGUGCGAACCUAUAAUCAAUAUGAUGAUGGUGAUGAGUAUCUUGGAUCUGAUCCUGUUCCUGAAACAGCUUUCCUUGAUGCUCCAUUCUCGGAUGACCAAAACACGCAGACUGCGGCAGCGAUCUAUCGCAAUGUUCCUCCUACUCCCACAACUAGAAUAACCAGCGACACACUGUCAGAGGGACUACUUCCUUCAUCUUCGAUACCACCCCCGCUAUUAUCGGGUCUUUCACAUCGUAAAUUCAGAGAUCCAGCAUUUGCAGUUUUAUUUAUUAUUGGACUAGCAACGAUGCUGUUAAUAGGCUUACUUUUAUUAUUUACAACUAGUUCUUCUCCAUUAGAAGAUUAUACUCGUGGAACAGUAUUCUCUGCUAUUUAUUACAGUGCAUGUGCCAUUUGGUUAUUCAUUCUACGUUCAUUUGCUCAGCCUUUAAUAUGGGGAAUAUUAGUAUCGGUUCCAUUUAUAUUUGCUAUAAUGUUUAUUUGGACUGUUGUGGCAGCUUUAACUGGACCUCGUCAAGAAUCAGGAAAGCGUGAUCCGCAAGACAUUGUGCUUUUAGUUUUAUCUUUUAUGCCAUUAUUUAUUUCAAUUGGCUCUGUUGUAAGUUUAUAUACUCGUAGGAAAGAUGUUGAAAGAACAAUAAACAUAAUAGAGUUGGCUUGUGAAAUAUUUAACGCAAAUCACCGAAUACUUGGCGUUUCGUCAAUACUGUUAGGUGCUUAUGUCUUAUUCACAAUAAUAUGGUUGACAUUUUUCAGUCGAGUGUUUCUAGUCGGUCAUACGUUGUUCUUAUGGAUAGAUGCAUUUAGCUUAAAAACAUAUUUGCUUAUACUAUUUUUUGUAUUUAUGUAUAUGUGGACAUCUGCUGUUUUAAAAAAUAUUCAAAGAGUAACGAUUGCGGGAGUUGUAUCGGAUUGGCGUGAACAAAACCGUGAUGGUUCUAAAGACACAUCCACCUUGGCUUUUCAAAAAGCUACCACAAACUCAUUGGGGUCAAUAUGCCUAGGUAGUCUGAUUAUGUUUACCGUUCAGUGCUUGCAAUAUAUUAACGAAUUUAUGAAAAAGAAUUCCAAAUUAAAUCCGGUAUUCUAUUAUGUGGCCGCAUGUAUGUCGUGUAUUGACGGAUUAAUUGAUGUUCUAAAUAAUUAUACUUUGAUAUAUGUUGGAAUUUCCGGUGAAUUUUUCUUGUUUUUAUCGCCUAAUGAUAAACCUGUCAUGAAUAUCGAAUGUAAAGAUUCACCAAUAUUAUAA